AUGGAGCAUUUUUUGAAGAGUAUAUUUGAUAUCUCCAAGAAUGUACUUCCAAUUAUUUUAUUCAUUGAAUUAAUAAUUGGAAUUAUAGGAAAUGGUUUCAUGGCCCUGGUGCAUUGCAUGGACUGGGUUAAGAGAAAAAAAAUGUCAUUAGUUAACCAAAUCCUCACCACCUUAGCAACCUCCAGAAUUUGUCUGCUCUGGUUCAUGCUAUUAGGUUUACUAAUUACCUUACUGGAUCCAGAUUUAGCUAGUGCUAGAAUGAUGAUCCAGGUCGCCAGUAAUCUGUGGAUUAUAGCUAACCAUAUGAGCAUUUGGCUUGCUACAUGCCUCACUGUUUUUUAUUUUCUCAAGAUAGCCAAUUUUUCUAGCUCUCUUUUUCUUUAUCUAAAGUGGAGAGUUGAAAAAGUCAUUUCAGUUAUAUUUCUGGUGUCGCUGGUCUUACUGUUUUUAAAUAUGUUACUAAUGAACUUGGAAAAUGACAUGUGUAUAGCUGAAUAUCAUCAGAUAAAUAUAUCGUACAGCUUCAUUUACCAUUACCGUGCAGACUGCGAAAGGCGUGUUUUAAGACUUCACAUUAUCAUCUUGUCUGUCCCCUUUGUUUUGUCCCUGCCAACUUUUCUCCUGCUCAUCUUCUCCCUGUGGACACAUCACAAGAAGAUGCAGCAGCAUGUUCAAGGACGCCGAGAUGCCAGCACCACGGCCCACUUCAAAGCCUUGCAGACCGUGAUCGCCUUUCUCCUAUUAUACUGUAUUUUUAUUCUGUCUAUGUUACUACAAUUUUGGAAAUAUGAAUUAAUGAAGAAACCCCUUUUCAUUUUAUUUUGUCAUAUUGUAUAUGGAGCUUUCCCUUCAUUCCAUUCAUAUGUCUUGAUUCUGGGCGACAUGAAGCUGAGACAGGCCUCUCUCUCUGUGCUGUUGUGGCUGAAAUGCAGGCCAAAUUACAUAGAAACGUUAGAUCUCUAA